AUGGACGAAUCCAACUACGCGAAUGCAAGUGUGAGUGCAAGUGCAAGCAAGAGGAGCAUGAAUGGUAGAAUGGGCAAGGAAGGUGAUCCAAGCAACUCGGAUUGUAGCGUCACGGAAGGUGCGUUAGUUGCAGUCCAGAACGUAACUGCAAGUUACUGGCGUACACUUGCUGGCUGGCCUGGCGGGAGCAAGAGGGAACGACCGUCAUCCGGAAUAGGCAAGGGCUCAGAUGCGCAUGCCUCCCUUGCACAGCCUGCAGACGCUUUAUCAUGGCUCUACCAACGAGCAAACAAGAUGAAGUGGAACGGCCUUUAA